CUCCCCUUAGAAAAUGUUUUUGUCACGUGACUAAAUCUCAUUUCGUUCUGGGGUCUAGAACGGUUCAGAAACUUUCCUUUAUUCCUACAUCUUCAGAAUGCUCCUUCAUUUCUGUCCUCAGUGUGGCUCUAAGCUGCAGCCUGGCUUCAGAUUCUGCCCGUCGUGUGGGGAGAAGCUCCCAACUCUCGUGGACCACCCCGUGGAAGCUGCCACCUCUGGGGUUUCUCAAAUCACCGUCAGCGGUGUCACGGCUACAGCCAGCAUUAACACACCUGCUACCUCAGAGCAGUACUGUACAUUUGGAGAAGGUGUGGUUUGCUCUGUUCCUAGCCCAGUGUCCACACGCCAAGCUCUACGUCGUACCCGUAAGUCCACUCCCCCAGGCCAAGUAGAAGAUGUAGCCAGUGUUGUGGACACGCCCCCUCGCAUAACAUCUCCCAGGCAAACAGAUCAGAGCCCCAAGCCUGUGUUGACCCUUAGGAAGAGGCGAGCUGUCACCCCACCACUGAACCCCACCAGAGAGGAUCCUCCAACUGUCUCCUCCCCCACGCUCAAGUCCCCUGCUGCUGUCAAGGGGAAAACGAAGAAGGCCAAGCGGACGUGUGUUGUGGAGCCUCUGCAGGAAGGGGAGGAACUGAUUGACACAACAGGCAGGAAGUGGCGGCUGGCAAAGCUGUUGGGACAGAAUGAGCCAGAGCUGAUAUACGCAGUCCAGCAGACCGGGCCAGGGAUCCACUGUGGUGACUGCAGACAUGUCCUCAAACUGGGGCCUAAAGAUGGGAGGAUCUUUAAUGAGCAGAACUUCCUUCAGAGAGCUGCAAAACCCACAUCUGUGGACAAAUGGAUGAAGCGCACUAAGAUGGACUUCCUUGGGAUUCCGUCCUGUGUGGGUUUUGGGCUACAUGCAGAAAUCUACAGGUUUCUGAUUGUCCCCAGCAUGGGCCAGACGCUCCAGGUUGUCCUGAAGGAACAGGGGGGGCUCCUGUCUGAGACAGCAGUGCUGCAGCUGGCCUGUAGAAUACUGGACGUGUUGGAGUUCAUCCAUGAGAACGAGUAUGUCCACGGAGACGUUGAGGCAGAAAACAUCUUCAUCCAGCCAGCAGGACACACACAGGUGUAUCUCGCAGGGUACGGCCAUGCUUUCAGGUACUGUCCAGGUGGUCGACAUGUGGAGUACCGGGAAGGCAGUAGAACACCACAUGAGGGCGCCCUGGAGUUUAUAAGCCUGGACUCCCACAAAGGAGCAGGCCCGUCCCGCCGCAGUGACCUCCAGGCUCUGGGCUACUGCAUGCUCCACUGGCUCACCGGGGCGCUGCCCUGGAGCUCCCUCCUAAACACACCCUCCCGUGUGGCCACAGAGAAGCAGAGGUGGACAGAGGACAUCCCAGGCCUGAUCAGACACUGCUACGGAAAGAAGACUGCCUCCAGAGCUGUGGAGGCCUACCUGUCAGAGGUAAUGGGUCUUCAGUAUGAAGCCCAGCCAGACUACCAGGCUCUAAAGGGGGGGCUCACAGCAGCCCUGCAGCUGCAGGGAGGAGGGAUGCAGCAGCCUCUCCACUUACAGAAGAACUUCACCAUAACAACCUGAAGCGUCUUUUGAAGACACAUUAUGGAUUUUUCAUCAUCUGUUUUUAACCAUUAAUGUGCUUUUUGAAAAUGUGUGUGAAAAGUAAUGUUUUAAUGCAAUAGAGGGUGCUGCGAGGCCUGAAUGUUCCAAAAACACUGUUCUGGAUUAAUCAGCUUGGAUGCUUGAAAUAAUGGACAUUUUAUUCCAUGCCAUUAAAAAGGUUUUCAUGAAAAGAUGGUUUGUUUCUGUGGU